AUGAGUGUGGCCAAAGAACUUGAUCAUGGUGUUUUAGCUGUUGGUUAUGGUAUUGCUAAUGAUUCAGUAAAAGGUCAACAAGAAUAUUAUAUUGUUAAGAAUAGUUGGCUCGCUACUUGGGGUGAUAAAGGAUAUAUUAAAAUGGCACGUAACAAGAAAAAUAUGUGUGAUAUUAGUACUGCUGCUAGCUACUCACUUGUUACAGAUAAAUUUUUACUGAAGCUACAGCAAAAAAAAAUUAAAGACAUUUAA